GAGCUCUCUUUCUCCCCAUUUAUAACCCCAUGGAAGCUUACUCCUCCUUAACUCCAAGGCCAUCAAGAGACCUUCCUAGCUAUAUAUAUGCAACACAAGGAGAUUGAUUACAUCAAGAAGAUCCAAAGAACCACGCACCGAAGCGGCAGCAAGCAAGACGUAUAAACGAUCGAUUAGGCCGCGAGAAUCAACCAAGGCAAGAUCAGAGGAGGAGGUAGCUAGCUAGAUUGUUGAACAUAUAUAGAGAGAUCGAGAUGGUGUCGAUGGUGGCCAAGGAGGAGAUCAGCGCCAUGGAGAGAGUGAAGAGUGACGGGGAGGUGCUGCUCGGCGCCGCCGGAGACGACAACGAGGAAGAGGACGUGAUGCUGCCGGGGUACCGGUUCCACCCGACCGACGAGGAGCUCGUGACCUUCUACCUCCGGCGGAAGGUAGCGAGGAAGGCGCUGAGAAUUGAGGUUAUCCGGGAGAUGGACAUCUACAAGCACGACCCAUGGGAUCUCCCAAAGGCGAGCACGGUUGGUGGAGAGAAAGAGUGGUACUUCUUCUGCCUGAGGGGGAGGAAGUACCGGAACAGCAUCCGUCCCAACAGAGUCACCGGCUCCGGGUUCUGGAAGGCCACGGGCAUCGACCGGCCGAUCUACUCCGCCGGCGGCGGAAACUCCGGCGAGUCCAUCGGGCUGAAGAAGUCCCUCGUCUACUACCGCGGCAGCGCCGGCAAGGGCACCAAGACCGACUGGAUGAUGCACGAGUUCCGCCUCCCGCCGGCCGCCGCCACGGCCGCCACCGCCUCCCCGAGCAUGCAGGAAGCUGAGGUGUGGACGAUCUGCAGAAUCUUCAGGAGAACCAUCACCUACCGGAAGCAGCAGCAGCACCAGCAGCCGCAGCAGACGACGUGGAGGCCGGCGCCGGCGAUGUCCGCCGCCGUCGCCGAGUCGAGCUCCAACACGGGGAGCUUCGAGUCGUCGGAGGGCGGCGACGAGUACAUGAACUGCCUGGCUCCGGCAGCUUCCGCCGCUUCAUGCAUCCCCCAUCAGCACCAGCAGCACGUCAGCCACAUGAGCACGGCGAACAACGUCAACUUCUUCUACAGGGACGCCAUGCAGAACCAGCAGUUUAUGGAGCAAUGGGGCACUCUACCUGCCAUGCCAGUGCCGGAGCAGAAACCAUUGUCAGCGACCGCCGCCAUUCAUCAGAAUGAUCAUAGCCUCGCCACCGCCGCCACCACGAACGAUUACUACAAGGUCGACGGGUACUUGGAGGAGAUCGCGAGGAUGAUGGAAGUCAACGACCCGGCAGCAUUCUAUGACUGCAGAUCAUAUGCUUGAUCAGCAAGAAAUUAACUGAGAUCUUCGAACUUCUUCCUCGGAGUUGCGGGUGUAGAUGCUAGACAUACUGAAUUCGCCGACAAGCUAGAGCAGAUGCCGUCAAGUGGGAGACAGAGAUGCAAGGCCCGCGCCGCACAGCGCAGAGGCCGUAGUAGACAGCAGAGCUUCAUGGACAGAGCUUUCUUUCUUCUGAUCUAAUAUGCAAACAAUAUGGUUUUGUGAUACUUACUAUGUAUGGGUUGUGAGUAUAAGAUAGUAAUAGUAACACAUAAAUUUUUCAUUCAGGCGCCUAGUUCAUGGUUAACUCCAUGAUUCAAUGUGUAUAUUGUAAUUUCUUCAGAUCUCUAAAAUAGACAUCAUGUUGCUGAUUAAGCAAAACAGGCUGUGUAACUUAUUAUCCUGUAGCUCAA